UUUGCCAUGUCAGCUGACAGCCACCAGCUCCACACUCAUUCCCACAAGGACAUGCUAAGUUCUACUUGUCAUGGUCUCUUGAAUGUCAAUAGUCACCCCUUGUCAAAAAGCUCCUCGAGUCUCAUUUGUGCUGGGCAUUCAAGUUUGGAAUGGCAAAACAACAAACAGGAGCUUAAGAAAAGCCACAGCAGCACUGUCUGCCAAACCCUGGGACAUGAGAGCGAUGCCAGAAGUGUACCAAGUCCUAGAUGGUCCUUCUCACAGUCUGGGUUGAUGGGACUUGACUCAGUGGUCCAAACCAUGAACAGUCAGUCACCCGAUAACAAUUCACAGAGCAGAUCUAAGACUACAAACCAUUUUCUUAUCAUUGAACAGUCCUCACCAUCCUGGGAAGUGGGUGACACUAAGAUGUGUGUAAAGAGCAGUACUGUUGAGAAUGUUUCUUCAGCCUGUUUUAAGCACCAGCAAAGCAUGGGUAAAAUGGAUGAACCAAGAGCUGCUCUCCAGAGGAGCCACUCAGACCUAACCUGCAGUUGCAAACAGCAGAGUUAUGUCACUCACAUAGAAACCAGUGCUACUGAUUCAAGCCUUAGCUCUUCCAGCAGCAGGCACGGUCCAUCAGUGGUGAAGAUGUCUUUCCAAGCAGAAAGAUAUGGAUCAGAAAUAAAUGAAAAUACUCACUAUCAAAACCUUGUGACUCAUCUUCCAGCUCUACCUAUAGACCAAAAAGUACCCACAAAUACCUUUGACAGUGGUGGUAUUCCACAUAAUUCAACUGUUUACACAGAUCCUGGAAGAUUUCACAGUGCUGUUCUAGGACCCCACAUGCCUGGAAACAGUUUCUCCAACAGGACAAUUCUCAGUCAAGCCACUGGAAUUAUUCAUGGUGGUCUGACUUACAGUAAUAUUCCAAACUCCGCAUAUUCACCAAUGGUGAUGGCAGUUCAUAACAAUUCUGCAGUGCCCUGUAAUAUAAGGCAGGACUCUUGUAUGAAAGUAGAUGCCACUGUCCCUGCCUAUUGCCAUUCUUUGCCCAUACCAUCUAUACAGCUUGUUCCACGGUUAGUAUGCUCAGUUAGCGAGUCGGGAAAAGAGCAAGCAGCACCUGGCUAUCUUCAUUCCUUUUCCACUUCAGACAUUCUGACCUAUCCUAAGCUUGUGUCUUCAGUAAGUGAAUCAGGCCUGGAUGCCAAGAGAGUCCUGAAGUGCUGUAGCAUUCCUGGAGAACAACUACAACAUGCUCCGCACUGCACUCAGCUGGAUAGAGCUUCUCCAGAAACACAGACUGCUUGUGUUGCUUUUAGCAGCCAGCUAACAACAGACAUAGCAAUGAAAACUAAAGAUAUGUGGACUAUGACCUCUGCAAAUGAUUUAACCAAGGGACUCAAACCGGCUCUUGAACGCAGAGAUGCCGAGGUACAAACUCUCCCAACUAUGGAAUGCAAAUCUGUUGCAACAAGCCCAGCGGCUGCAGCAGAAAGCCACUCACAUGUGUUCCCAGAGGUCAACCUGGAGCAAGACUUGGAGGCCCCCAAGUCUCCGGUACGGGAAGUGAGAUGGGAUGAUGAAGGAAUGACAUGGGAAGUGUAUGGGGCAUCUGUGGAUCCAGAAGUCCUUGGUUUAGCCAUUCAAAAACAUCUUGAGAUUCAAAUAGAACAAUUCCAGACAGAGCCUGUUCAACAGACUGGGAAAAACAAAGAGGAUCCUCUCAACAAGGAGCCAUCUUCUGACAAAAUGGAGAAGAAAAGACCGUUCAGAACAAUGAUGCAUUCUCUGAGAUAUCCGAGCUGUUGUGCUCGAUCAAGUAGUGCAACGGAGUGAGCGUAGCUCUAGGACAGCCACAGCCACGUUGGGGUUUUUUUGUUUGUUUGUUUUCUCAGUUGUAAAUAAAUGCUGUCUCUCAAGCGUUAACACAGUGCAUGUGGACAAUCCGCUUAUGGAUAAGUGGGAAAAGUUCAGUGGCCAUCAAAAAGCAAAGCAUGGAAAAACCCACAGUUGGGCUACGUAACAGAGGACACAUGGUUGUAUCUUCAUCAUGCCAUCUGAUUGUGUUGACAGUAUUUAAU